CUGAACGCCGCUUCCCGCCAUAUUAGCCACCAUGGGGUAGGCGAGAAUGUGCGACAGGGGUGGCUCGGGGUGUUUCUUCUUCCGAAAGCUAUGCUACGUCCUACGCGCGCCCUUUCGCACAGUUCGCCGAUCACGUGAGACCGGAAGAAGAUUGACGGCUUGCGGAAACGCUCGAGAAGAGGGAUAGGUCGGAGGAAAAGACCCGCCGGUGUCUUGGCAGUGCUAACCGAGGAUAAUUGGCGCACGCAUGGGACCGCCGCGACGAGAUAGUACAACACGCGCGGCGGACGAGUUCGCCCGGCAGACGGGUGAGACGGAAAGACGGAAAGAGAAGACGGACGGAAUACGGGGGUGGUGGGCUGCGGGAAGGAAGGGCGGCGAGGAACUCCAGGAACCGCCGCCGCCGCCGCCGCCGCCGCCGCCGCCAGGUAGCGAAAGAGGCUGUAAAUCGGCCACGGCAGCGUGGAUGUCCCUGCUGUCGCUCUGCGACCGGAUGUGCGGUACCGCCGCGUGGCUCAUCCCGGUCACAUGCCUCCGCGGGGAGGGCCGGGGGGAAGUGACAGACAUAAGCGCAAGUCCUGGGAGGCAGGCACCUGCCAACCAGUUGCGCCCCAAGGAACCACCCCCCAUGGUCAUUCAAGGAGACUUCAGGAAGGUGAGCGGGAUCAGUACAGAGAUCUUCAAGCAGAUCGAGACUGUCGAAAACGAUCAUGACGCUUCGACAGCGGCGGCCCUCGAAGCUGUCGAACGGAGAGGCGAGAUGGUCGUGCGUGUCAUUGAACCUCGGCAAAUGGGUAGACAGGCUUCCGAGGCGGCGAAAAAAUUUAUCGCCAUGCAGGAUCCUAAGCACCCUAUCCACUUUGUCGAGAUAAUCAAACGACCGGGACAGACUCUCGGUCUCUACAUACGUGAAGGCAAUGGCGUCGACAGGAACGACGGGGUUUUUAUUUCCAGGAUAGCUCUGGAAACUGCCGUCUACAAUAGCGGCUGUUUAAAGGUGGGCGAUGAGAUCCUGGCGGUAAAUCUGGUUGACGUGACGCACAUGAGCCUAGAUGACGUCGUCAUCAUCAUGUCAAUACCGAGGCGACUCGUUUUGGCCACAAGACAUGGUCCGCAUCAACCGGUUUCACAUGUCCGCCAGACUGAGCACAAGGCACCACCCGUGGUUGUAAUCAAGAGGGAAUUGAACGAGGAUGAGAAUGAUCACGUGACGAGUAAUCAUGUCAGAGAUGGCAGUAGCCGUAGGCGAGGCGACGGGCGCGAAAUGUUGCCGUCGCGAUCGAGACUCGGUCUGACGGGUUUGGGAUCAAGCCAGGAUCUCGGAUCGAGCAAUGGUGAUCUGUACUAUAAUUCACGGCCGGAAGGUCACUGGUCCUAUCAACCGCCACCGCCGCCGGUUAUCACGCAUCAGCCGAAACCUUCGUCGACGCAACAUUUUCAACCGUACGAGCGUGGUUAUCCGAAAACAUUGGAGAGCUUAGCUGAGAAAGAUUUUACAAAGGUACACCCUUUCUACACGGGGCCCAUGAUGCCCUCGUCGAAUGGCCGACGUAUGUCAACGGGUGGCGGAAUGCAAUCAGUCGGCGGCAGGUUGUCUGGUCAAACCGCGCAAUCGACUCAUUACGGCUUCAGCCAGCAUACCGGAAGUGGAAGGAUCAUGCCAAGAAGCGGUUCCGAUCAGCACCUACCCCGAGUUGAUUAUACGAGUAUCACGACGCCGGCGCGACAUACCCUUCUUAGAUCCAGUUUGAAAUCAGGUACAUCAGCAUUACGUUACAAUACGAGGUAUGGUGGACAGACUGACAUUACGUCCGCCGCUCAGAGACAAGGACAAUUUGGCACCUUGACGAGGCGACACCGACCUUCGUUGGACUACGCCUCCGAUACCGAGGCUACGUGCUCCAGCUCGCCGAAAUCAGCGUAUUACUAUUAUAGGCACAACAUGAACAAUCCACCUCAAAGUAGCGUCGUAUCGCAUUUAGCUACCCUCUCGAGGUCACAAAUCGGUCAGAGUUCCUCAGGUUUAAGGUCAAACUCGUUACCACGAAGCGGUCGGACGUUGCCUCAGCAGCCCGGUCUCAGAUCGGGUCUCAGCACGGUCGCGUCGGGUCUGAUCGAUCAAGAGGACAGCGACGGCGCUUUAUCAGCGCCGGAAUUGCCUUCCAUCAGGCGUGACAGAGGCAGGAUACCGUCCUCGCCGAGCGUAUUCACGUCGGAUGAAUAUCGUGCCUGGCUAAGUCGCACGCCGAGCACCAGCGCCUUGUACGAGCAGAUCAGAGCGACCACGAGUAGACCACCUCGUUACACAUACAGCGCCGAGAAUAUUCACGCAGCUGUCAAUCAGGGUGAAUAUGGCAGUUAUGGUGGGUAUAGACCGCUCUCGAGCACCCUCGAUCGUCUGUCGACGAGAUCGGCAUCGGCCCAACAAGUCAAUCUUGCAAAUCUCAGAGCAUCGACGGCAAUUAGCUCGACGUGUCAUCGCGGUACAACGAAUUCAAGGCCAGCCUCGGUAGCGUCGAGCGCGCGCUCGUCGCUCGUGGCCCAGAAACCGUCGUUAACGAGCUCCGUGAGCCAAAGAGCGACAUCAGUCAGAAGAAUUAGAAAUUUGUUGGACCUUGAGUCCACGAGGAGUAUACCUACCCCAACGCCUACCAGAACUCAGGGUCAAAUACUGCUAGAUAUUAAUCCUGCAGAGUUCCUCAAGUAUAAGAUAGAGAAGCCGCCGACUGUGGGUACUCCGAGCUCAACAAGCUCCCUUUUGAGUUCACUCGGGGAGACGACUGGUGGCGAUUUCGCGAGCGGAGUUAGCGGAUUAUUGUCGGUCCAUCUUUUAGCAGGACGCGGCCUCCGAACGACUACGACCUCAUCGGCUGCCACUACACCUUCCACUCCUUCUGGUCAACCGAAUUUAGCUAGUUGUGGCUUGAGAGACUUGUAUUGCGUAUUGGAGUGCGACAGGGUGCACAAAGCGCGAACAGUAGUGCGAACCGGCGAUUUAAUGUUCGACUGGGACGAAACCUUCGAGCUGGAUCUCGUAGGCAAUAGGCAGCUGGAUCUGCUCGUUUAUUCUUGGGACCCGCAGUACAGGCAUAAACUCUGUUACAAGGGAUCGGUGCAUUUAGCGAGUCUGCUAAAAGAAUCGCCGGAGCAUCAACUGGCUGUCAAAGUUGAACCACGUGGUACAAUCUACUUAAAACUACGAUACACCGACGCUCAACAAACUUUCCGUCGAAGAGGUCUACCAGUCAUAUCCUUAGCUACAAGAGUCGCACCUCUUUUUGGAGUUGAUCUGGAUACAGUAGUAAGUCGAGAAACUAAGACUGGCGGAGUUCCCGGUGGAGUUUCCACGGCUUUGGCGAUGGGAGUCCCGAACGUUCCGAUUAUCGUAUGGCGUUGCGUCGAAGAGGUUGAAAGAAGAGGGCUCGAUAUCAUUGGUUUAUAUAGACUCUGCGGUUCGGCGACUAAGAAGAGGAUACUUAGGGAAGCUUUCGAAAGGAAUGCACGGUCCGUAAAUCUAUCGCCCGACAACGUACCGGAUAUCAAUGUCAUCACUGGCGUUCUGAAAGAUUAUUUACGAGAACUUCCGGAACCUCUCUUCACAAAGUGCCUCUACCAAAUGAUGGUCGAUGCACUGGCCGUCUGUUUGCCAGACGACCCGCAGGGCAACGCUAAGCUUAUGUUCAGCAUACUAGAUUGUCUGCCUAAGGUCAAUAGGUGCACAUUGAUUUACUUGCUGGAUCAUCUGGCGAUGGUGGUAUCACAAUGCAAUAAAAUGUCACCAGCGAGUCUUGCCGUUUGCUUCGGCCCGGUAUUAAUGUUACAUUCGGACGAAAAUGGACCCCCGCUGGAUUUCCAACAACCGAUAGCUGUACUUAAAUAUCUGCUGGAGAUUUGGCCGGUCAAGUCAGUUCGGAAGACUUCUUCAGUCGGUUCAACACUUCCUCGAGUUAUGCCAGCAGUCGAGCGCAGCAGCAGUCAGCAGCAUCUGCAACAGGCGCAGCAGUUGGUGCAACAACAGCUACAGGCGCAGCUACAGGGAACAUUGGGACGCACAGGGCUGCCUUGGCAGCAGCCACCCUCACUUCAUCAUCAACCCCAAACUACGGCAGCCGCAGUCCUCGGGCCCUCCAUUCGUCCUCCACCACCGGUCAAACCUCGACAGGUGAUAGUCUCGUCUCCCGGUUCACCUAGUAGCGAGGAGUCGGAGGCCUCGCCGGAGCCAAUUAACAAGGGCCUCGUGGGCAAUUUAGGAUACGAAAAGGGCGAUGAGACAACGACGACGACGACGACGACGACGACGACGACGACGACGUCGAGCGCGUCGGGCGGAAUUAGUAUGGGUGCAGGCGUCGGUACCGGUGCCGGUGCCGGUAUCGAGCAGAUAACACCGACGAGCAGCGUCGACACCGAAGAAGGAAAUCCCCAUCAUCCCGAAGAGGGGGAGAAGGGCGUCGAAGGUGAUGUUGAGGCGAGCGACGACGAUCGACAUCAGCGCAUACCUAAAACGCAUUAAUCGCUGCCAUCACGCGGGCGAUGAACGCAGUGAGUAACGAAAAGGCUGCGAGAGGAGACGACUUUUCGCGAACGAACGUACAUCAAAGUUUGAGGAUUGCUUCAUGACUUUAUACGUAUCGCUUCGUUCAUCGAGGCUGGACGUACAGGAUAGGUCGAUCAACCCAGAAAAUGAAAAGGAAUUGUGAAGAAAAUAGAAAUUACUCGUUAAUUUCAUAAGAUCGUUCUGUAAAUGUUCUCGGAUUAAUUGUUUAGUUUUAUAGAUACAAAAUAGGAAACAUGUCAAAGUGAGUAAGUCUUCGAAUACAAGCUUUCUCGGUCUGCGUGUGCACGGUGCUAAUACUUGAAUGUCGAUUCGUAAGAAUUGCACAUUUGUUGCACAUUUCGGUCGAGAGUUAUCGCAAUUAAUUAAUUUUAGUCAAUUGUAUUGGGCAUGGCUGCUUGCGAGAAGAAUUUGUUAAAGAAUUUGUUAACGAAAAGGGAACAAAAAAAAAAGAGAUAGAGAUGAGAAAAUGACUUUGGUUAUUGUAACCAGAUUAUGUAGCUGAAGAACUAUUAUGUAGCAAAAUUAAAACUAAUGAUAUACGAAAUUCUUCCCUUGAAUGUUACGUCUCAUUUUCUAAUAAAAAAAAUUGAGUUUCGUAAAAAGAUAAAAUACGCAAUUUAUAAAUUUAUAAUAGUCAUCUAUUUAUUGUAUUGAAACAUGAUAGUAUUACUGAAAUGAUCAUACCAUCAAACGAAGAGGUGUUAUUGUUACUCAUUAUAGGAAGGCAGAUCAGAGACACGUACGUUCUGUCAGAGGCAACAAUAGCCCGGACUGGAUCGAAAUGAUAAAACAAGAGUUCCGCAACAAGAAAAAGAGUAUUUACUAUGUUAGAAAGUUGCUACUGGGAAAGCAAUUUUAACAACCGAACACGUUCAGUCCUCCAUAUGAAAGUUUCUCCGAGUUAUGACCUUUCGAGUCAUGACCUUUUAAAGCAGAUGAUAGAUAAAUGCAUCGCAUACACCUUGCCCUCGAUGCUCUUUUCCGGGAAAUUACAUAAAAAAUGAGAAAGGAAAAAAGAUGGAAGAAAAGAAGGAGGUAGAGACAAGGUUGCCCCUCCGCGAUCGUCAUCGUCGGCAUCUCACUAUCAUCAACAUGACACACACACAAUGAUAACACAAUACACAGGAGUUAAGCGAGCGAGCUGGUCAACGAGGAUGCGCACGUGGCAUACAUAAUAAUCAGUUUAUAUGCGAAUAUACUAUAUAUACAUAUUAUAUAUACAUAUGUAGACUAGUCACGAUAUUACGUGUGCUUUUGAUAAAAAACUAUUACUUGUAGCGUUAGCUAGCUCUCGUAUACAGAAACAAAAGAAUACAUGAACAAACAAAUCGACAAACAAACAAAUAAACAACUAAACUAGACGAUAUACAUGAUAUACAUAUAAAGAUGUUAUAUAUACUUUGGGGAAGAGAUAGUGCGAAGACACGACGGUGUUUCAACAUGUCGACAAUAGGACACGUAGGAAUCGUUUGAAUAUAUUUCAAGGGUAUAAUAUCGAACAAUCAACUGGCUAUUGUAUCAAUAUCGGUCGAUUGUCUGAGAUUGUGAAUCGUGAAGAACGUAAAAAGGGAAGGUAAAAAAAAAGAAGGGAUUAUCGCAAGAAAAACUGACCGAAAAUGAUAAUAAUUACGAGUAAACAAAGAAAUGCUACGAUUAAUUAAUUAUACUUUUAAAAAGAAAACGUAAAAACGAGUAAAAAAUAGCCAGUAUUAUUAUACGUCUAAAGCUGUAAAAUGAUGAUCGCGCGAAAGAAAGAGUGUGAGAGAAUGAAAGAGAGAAAGAGCAAAAGAUAUGCAAAUAGUCUAAUAGAAAAAUAACAAACGAUUAAAGAAAAAGAGACAAAGGGAGAAAAAGGAAGGGUCAAACGUAGACACGCAAAUGCCGCCCUUGUUAAGAACAAUUGGGCGUUCAUGAAAUACGCACUACGAAUUCAGAACAAAGCCACGAGCAGAUCGCGACUACCUGUCAUCCUCAUAAUUGUCACUGUAACGCAUCAUCGCCGUCAUUAUCGUCAUCGUCGCUCGAUCUCACACUCGUGGUUUGGUUCGCAAACAUGAAAAAAGAUGCACUGUAAUCUGUAUAAACACGCACGUAUAAAUAGAUAUAUAAAUACAUCUGUAUUCUCUUCUUUUCACACAGUUAGUGUUAUCGCGCGGAUAUUUAAGAAGGGAAGAGAAAUAGCCGCGAAAUUGAGACUAAUUGUAUAGUUGAGUGUAAUGUGUAUAUAUACAUAUAUACAUAUUAUAUAUAUAUAUAUAUAUAUAUAUAUAUAUAUGAUUUGCUGUAAUCCUAGUUAUAUCCAGCCCCAGAUCGUGUGACUGUCGUUCGAUGUGCAUGCGCGAGGGAAUACCGGGUACCGAAAUAUUCUUUUUUUUUUUUUUUCAAUACAGUCGAAAAAAUGAAUUUUUCGUUUGUUUCAAAGAUUUGUCGAAUGUUGACAUUUUAC